AUGUUCAGAAUCGCUCGAGCCUCAGCUCUGUCAAAGGAGUUUCCCCAUGGUGAGCUAAAGGACGGGCAAUUCGCCGAUCAACAUUGUCCCCUGGAGGUGGUGCUCCCACCAGAGAAGGCUGAAGGCUGUGAAAACUACCUGCAGUACCUCCACUCAGAGGACGGAGAAAAGGAGGUCCUAAAAGAUGUCUCCAAAGCGUCGGGGAAGAAACGCAUCAGCCUCAAUGACCUGGAGUGCGACAUCUCUGUUGAGGAUGACAACCGUCAGGAAUGGAUCUUCACUCUUUAUGACUUUGACAACAGUGGCAAAGUUACUAAGGAGGACAUGUCGAGCUUAAUGCACACCAUCUAUGAUGUCGUGGAUGCCUCCGUGAAUCACUCCUGCCACAAUAAGAGCAAGACUCUGCGCGUCAAACUGACCGUCACUCCGGAGCCGAGGUGCCACAGAAGAGAAGCAGGAGCAGAGCGCUGUCACCAGGAGGAAACUCGUUCAUCCGACAAGCGGUUGUCCUCACACAUAAGCAAAGGGCAGGCCAGCGAGCCGCCUGCCAAUGAGGGUCAACAUUACUGUGUGGACGAGAACACAGAGAGGAGAAAUCACUAUCUGGACCUCGCUGGUAUAGAGAACUACACAUCCAGGUUUGAAGGUACCACAGCUGAUAGCCCUCCUCAGGAGGCUCCUGGUCGCAGCUCACAAAGCCAGAGCCGCUCACGCUCCCAGGAGCCAGAAGCCCAAGUGGUUCACCAGCGCCGCUCACAGGUCAUCGGUGACAGCUACAACCCCGUGGAGGCUCGGAGCAAAGGAACACAGUUCCUCAAAUCUCCAAAAGGCAACUACAGGGGGAGUGGAGGUAAUAACGGGGGCAGUGGAGGUAACAAAUCCACUAAGUGUCACGGCCACCACCCUCCUCUGCAAUCCGUGCUGCACAGCGGCAGCGCCGGCGGCCAUGGAGGUCAGGAUGUGUACCAUUUGCCGCACCAAGCCCAUCCGUCCGGCCACCAUCAGCAUCCCCUGCAGUACAGCCACAGCAAGCGCCUGAGAGGCAAAGGCAGAGAGGCCCUGUCCCCGUCCAAGGUCCCCGGGCCCCCCCAGUCCCACCCCCAGCAGCAAGCGCCCACCUCUGCACUGCCCAGCCUGGAGAGGGAGCAGGCCACGGGCCCCCCCGGCAGCCCAGGGUUUGUGGUCCCUAUGGUCCAGCGCCAUGAGCAUCACCACCACCACGAACACCACCACCACCACCAUUACCACCACUACCACCAGACAUGACAGCCUCCAGGCUGCAGUGACUGAAACUGUACAGGACCAAUCACAGCCAGCCACACCAGUCUAAAGGACUUCAAGUCAUCCAACGGGAUUCGUCUCAUGCUCUGUAAGGGUUAUUUCACUCUCCUCCUGCAAGCUCUACGGAUAUAUAUCCUGCAAUUUGGCGUACUGAGGAAACAUUUAGCAUGACGGCAGAGAGCACUGAGCUACAGUCUCCUUCCUAAGAAAAGUUGUGUGUGGCCCAGUUUUUCAGUGUUUUUGUAGAUUUUCCGAUGGAGGAGCUGCCCUCCUUGUAUACUUCACUGAGGGGAACCAGUAUGGAGGGGAGCAGGUCAGGUCAUCCUCGAUGUCUUCUCUUUCCUCUACGAAACCAUUGAUUAAAGUCCUACAAGCUACAGUAUGUCAGGAUAGCUGUGUUGCUCUGUGUGAGACCUUUCCAAAACGUGGAUCUCAGGUGUAAAGGUGCUGCUGCUCUCAAGCUGUUCACAGAGGCCUCACUCUGUUGGAUGCCUGCUGUGGACUGAAGGGUUUCCUGUUGGGGAGCGG